CUGCUGCACUGCGAGGCCAUCCCCGAGGUGAAGGUGACGGCGUGCCUCGUGUGGAAGGACUGGCCCUACCGCGUGCACCCGCACGGCCUCGUCGGCAAGGACUGCAGCAACGGCCUCUGCGAGGUGCUGCUCAAGCCCCCCACCAACCCCAAGCACAGCUUCAGCAACUUGGGCAUCCAGUGCGUGAAGAAGAAGGAGAUCGAGGCGGCCAUCGAGCGGAAGCUGCAGCUCGGCAUCGACCCCUUCAAAGCCGGCUCGCUCAAGAACCACCAGGAGGUCGACAUGAACGUGGUGCGGAUCUGCUUCCAGGCGUCGUACCGCGACGGCGCCGGGCACACGCGCCACCUCAGCCCCGUGCUCUCGGAGCCCAUCUUCGACAAGA